GAUACAACAUGUACAAGUAUUGUUAUCAACACUAUAUCAACAUCAAAUAAAUGCUUUCAUUUAUUCAAUGUUAAUUUGGAUAAGAUUUCGUUUUUAAGGAGUUGCAUAGUAUGCAUUUAUACAUGUUAACCAAUACACGUAUAGUGAAGUUAUAGAACUGAAAAGGAUUUAUUUGACAUAAGAAUAUAUUUAGUAUUAUAAGUAGGAGAAAAAACAAAAGUUCAAAUGUAAACACUUUGGUGAUAUACAGUAUAAGAUUACAUCAUCAUUGUGUUUGAAAAUUAUAAAUAAUUCACACAAUGUAACAGUGAUGGUAAGACUUUAAAUGACAGGAAUAUGUGAACAGGUGUUAUUCAAUACCAUAAUGGAGGCAUCAUCACAAAAUGGGUCACUGCAUAUUCUUAACACAACCACAUUCAGCUCAACAAUUACAAAUCAAACAUUCAGUGAAAAUGAAGUACGUGCCUUAAAAAUUGCAGAAAGUUACGUAUGGACAUAUGUAUCGCCCGUUUUAAUUGUUGUUGGAAUUUUAGGAAAUUGCCUGAAUUUGGCUGUAUUGAAAAAGUUGCGAUUUUGGCGACGAACGCCGUUGUUUUUAUUAUUUAUUUUAGCCAUAACGGAUAUAACAGUUUUGUUAGAUGGUCUCUUACGCUAUUGGAUUGAAUAUACCUUUAAACUAGAUAUCCGAACAUUAUCAGAUGCAAGCUGCAAAAUCAACUUAUUCGUAUUGUAUUUUGCUAUGCAAUACUCGUCAUGGGUAUUAGUGUGUCUGAUCAUUGAUAGAUUUAUCAAAACAAAUUUUCCGUUUUUGUACAUGCGUGUAGCAACUAUUAGGAAAACAUCCAUCAUUGCUUUAGCUGCGUUUAUAAUUCUUGCAGGAAUAAACAUGCAUUUCUUCUGGACAAACGGAAUAAAAGGCAAAAACGGAGCAUGCGGUAAUCUUACACCAGCAUACGAGUAUUUCGGAGAAUAUGUGUUUACAUACAUAGAUUUAGUUAUUCUAUCUCUUUUACCGUUUACAAUAAUGUUGAUUCUUAAUAUUUUCGUCUAUAGAGCUUUAAGAAAGCAUCUUAAAUUUACAAAGUCGUCCGUAGUUGAGUCCAGAAAUAGCAGAAAAACACCAAACAGACGACAUUUCAGUCAGAAACUCACUCGAAUGUUAUUGCUAAAUAGCUCUUAUUUUUUACUAACUACCGUUCCCAUUAGCGUAUACUUUAUCUACGAUUCUUAUGUUAAAUAUGAAGAUGAAUUGAAUAAGACUAAAAUGGAUGUUGCUAGGUCAGUCUUGUAUGUAUUCCAGUAUUCAUACUAUUCGCUCAAUUUUGUUUGGUAUGCUACAUGCAACAAAGCAUUCUGGGAAAAAACGAAGGAAAUCUUUGGAUUUAAAUCACAUGGAUUCAAGUACCAAAGUGAAACAAGAAGGAUUCAUCAACGCUCGUCCUCUCGUAUGACAACGUCCCUCGAUAAUUCAAUAAAUGAUAUUGUGUCGGAUACAUACGCUGAGCACUCAGAUUUUUCGGAAGACAUCCAGGCCAAUGACAGCGUGGAUCAAAAUCAACAUGUUCUUUCGGAUGUUUCAGUGUUCAGGAACCAACAUAUGUAG